CUCGCGGCCCUGCGCGUCUCCCCCCUCCCCUCUAUGCUGUCGCCCACGUUCCCUCUCGUUUUCGGUUUCUCCUCUCCCUUUCGACCUUGGAGGCUUGGAUGAGCCAUGCUCGAUUCCCUUCGAUCGUUUGACCUUGUUUCAUUUAGACUCUACGGCGCGACUUGGUUCGUUGGAUCCCAUAACGUGCGGCUGAGCGGUACGCUCGGCGACAUUCUAUCAACAAAUCUAUUCUAGCUCCCUUCCUCUCUAUCCCUCUUCGCGCUGAUACCUAUCACACUUCAAAAUAUGGCACCAGUCUCAUCUUCAAAACAACGCUCAUCACCAAGCAGACCGUCCCGAGCCCAGCCUAAAGUGACCUUGAAACCGCCUCGGAGCUCAGAGUCGACCACCAACGAAGGCCCCCCGCUCAAGAAGCGCAAGUAUGUUCCUGGCGGCCCUGGUGGUGGAGGAAGAUACAUCGAACUCGACGUGAAAGAACCUCCGCCGAAGCCAAAGCCCAGUCCAGCAGCCAAGCGUAAUUCGUCCAGCUCCCGGAAUCGCAAUGCCCCGGUCCCUGUUUCAGGCCCUCAACCUCAGCCUGUUCAACUUCCUCCUCCGCCACCACCCCCAGUCCCAACGACACCCCCCUCUGCGCGUCUGAGACGAGAAAAGAGCCAGAAUCGCGGCCGUUUUGGUUCAUCGACAGCAGCUGCCCUUGCUCUACAGCAAGGAGAUGGUUACAAGCCGCGAGAGGAGCGAGGCUGGGAAGAGUUCCAUCCAGACUUAGAUAUCGAGGCGAAGUUUGCGGUUUUUGGCUCAGAGGAUGUAGAUCGACCACCGCCAUCGUCAUCAAUUGCCAAUAUUCUCUCGCCAAACGGUCUCGAUAGUACGAGCGAGAAGGACCCAAUAGCGGAGUUGAUUCGCGCGCACGCCAAUGGCUCAUCACCAUCCCCGAUCAAGCGCCGGCCAGGUCGCCCCCCUCGCCGACCCGAAGCCAUUCUCAAUGCCUUGGGGAUCACGCAGCAGCCUAAGAAUAUCCCGCCCCCGGGUCCGAAUCCCCGGGAGAGGCUCACGCUGCCGAAGCCCUCGUUUCGCAUACGGGAUCCGUUUACUUUCUAUGAUCAACCCGGUGUUUGUCAGCAGAACUAUGUCGAUCGCACUAUGGCAAGUGUCGGGUACCAGGAAAGUGACCUGUUUCUUCGCCAUGACCGUCGGUUGAUUCGGAUGACGGAGGGUGCGCAGGAAGAUGACUUAGACGCGGCGAAUCCUGUCACCUCAGAAGGAGAGGUCAAUGCGGCCGUUGGCCGCGUGGAGUAUGACAUGGAUGAGCAAGACGAAAAAUGGCUGGAGGAGUAUAACGCAAAGCGAAGGGAAGAUCAGCUAGAGCCGAUCAAACCUGCGGUCUUCGAAAUUACCAUGACUAAGAUCGAAAAGGAGUGGCAUGUUCUAGAGAAACGUAUUCCGAAACCUAAUCCGAAACCCCCGCAGACGCAACGCCCUCGUUCGAGCUCUGCCGCGGCCGUAAAUGGCGAGACUGGGCCAGGAGAAGAGCAAGAUAGCAAAUGUGCUAUUUGCGAUGAUGGUGACUGCGAAAACUCCAACGCAAUUGUUUUCUGCGAUGGCUGCGACUUGGCAGUCCAUCAAGAAUGCUACGGCGUUCCUUUCAUCCCCGAGGGACAAUGGCUCUGUCGCAAGUGCCAGCUCAUUGGAAGAGGCUCUGUCAACUGCAUCUUCUGUCCAAACACAGAGGGAGCGUUCAAACAGACUACUUCCUCGAAGUGGUCUCAUCUUUUGUGCGCCAUAUGGAUCCCUGAGGUGUCUAUUGGCAAUCCGUCUCUGAUGGAACCGAUUACUGACGUGGAGAAAGUGCCUCGCAGUCGCUGGAAGCUUCACUGUUACAUCUGCCGCCAGAGGAUGGGAGCUUCCAUCCAAUGUAGUAACAAGAACUGCUUUGUCGCUUUCCACGUGACGUGUGCACGGAGGGCUCAGCUUUAUUUGAAGAUGAAGUCCGGCCAUGGAACCCCGGCCGUCAUGGACUCGCAUCUUCUUAAAGCCUUUUGCGACAAGCAUGUCCCUCCUGAAUGGCGCAGAGAACACGGGACGGACGUUGCCACAGCGGAGGCGAUUGAGUAUUACCGCAGCACCAUGCAAGGCCGCCGAUGGGGAGACAGUCAGGCGGCGGCGCUUUCCUUGGAGCCCUCCCAUCCUCUUGGUUGCGACCAUGGGGACGAUGAUGGACAACGUAUGCAUACACCACGCAUCACUCUCACUGUUGGCGGCAACAAGCGCAAGCGACCGACAGUACCCAAGACGAUCUGGAAGUUACCGUCCGGUGCCCCUGUGAUCCCUCAGGUCGUGCUGAAUUCCGUUGUGGCCUCACUGCAGCGCUUCGGUGUUCGGCAAAGAAAGCAAUAUGCUGAAGACGCCUGCAAGUUCUGGACCCUCAAACGGGAGGCAAGGCGAGGAGCUGCGCUUCUGAAACGCCUACAAUUGCAGCUGGAAACCUUUUCGUCUAUGGAAAUGACGAGGAGGGACUAUGUUGCCAUGGGGGUUACUGGCCACAAGCGGCUACAACGACGUAUCGAGUUUGGCGAGAGGCUUCAGUAUGAUCUAGAUAGGUUACGAACACUGUGUGAGGAGGUGAAGAAGCGCGAGAGAGAAAAGCUGAAGGACGUGGAGACCCUUCGCGGUAUCGUUGACACCGUCUACUUUCCCAUUUUCCCUCUGCUCUGGCCAAUAUUCGACAAAGCCCAAGUGCUUGACGGAAAGGCUAUCUUCAAACAAGGACUUAUGUCUAUCAGAACAAAGCUGCAAGAACGCUUUUAUCCAUCAGUUGCUACAUUCUCCGCCGACCUGGCCCAUGUUUUCACCACGGAGAUCGGGGUCCAACCGGCCGGAGACACUGCUGAGCUUCAGAUGCAAAUUAGUGGUCGCGCCCCGGAACUGAGCCUCGAGCAACGCGAGAAAAGGAAGCUUGCCAAGCGGAUUAUCAAGGCCAUUCAGCCUGCAUUAGAAGACGCGAUCAGGAAAGAGAGCGAGCUAAAUCGGAAGCCGUUCGAACAAGAAUUGAAGGAGCUUGAUCUCAUGCUGGAGAACAGUGUCAUGUCCAGAAGGGGUUCUGAGGUCGGCCUGGCGGAGCAACCUGGGGAUGAGAAACUAGGAAUGCUGGAAAUCCCGAAUGGUCCAGACCAGAAGGGCGAGGAGUCCGAUAUUACAGCCAAACCAGAACCGGAGGAUAGCGCUGGGAUUUCUGACUUGCCUGAGAAGACAGACUCAACUGCCGAGCCUGAUACGAUUGAAAUCCAACCUGCAGAGACCUCCACGGAACCUCAAGUCCAGGACGACUUGGAUAUGGAAGAUGCCCCUGCUGCUUCGGAGGAUACAGAGCUUCAAGAUGCAGAUGUAGCACCCAUGAGUGUACAGCCUACCAUUGAGGACCAACCGACAGUCAAUGGAGACAGUGAAGAGAUGGAGGAGGAAUCAUCAAAGCCGUUAGAGACUCAGAAGGAGCCACUGACUCCUCCACCCAGCUACAAAGGCGACCAACAAUAUCCAUUGGCGCAAGGAGGCAUCCAGUGGUAUAUGCAGCCGUUCGACCCCAUUGGCACCACUAUCCACGAGGAGCGGUGGACCGGGCGAGAUGUGAUGCGAGGGAUGAGCGAGGAGCUCAGUGAGCUUGACGAGGAAGAAUUGAAGGACCUCGUGGAGGAUGAUGAGCUGAUGGACGGAUCGAAUGAGGCAGCGAAUUGUGGCGAUGCACCUACACAACAGAGUGUCAAGGUGCAUCGGACCCGAAGACGAUGGCGCGGGUUCAAAUAGUUACAAUUACACGUACAGGUGGAGAUAUUAUGAGUUUUCAGCGAUCAUUCCCUUCAUUUUUUAUACUCCAUUAUUUUACUACUACCAUUCUCCGAUUUCCCCUUUUUGUGGUUGUUUGCUUUUUUUUUUACCUUUUCUUUCGUUUUUUCCCCCUGCUGUGAGGCAGCAAACCGGCUGGCCAGGCGUUGGGUAGGUCAGAGCUGGGUCUUAGGUGGGUAGCUAGAUAGCCACAACUCAUGUAAUGAAGUUCCACAGAAUGUAUUCAAGGA